GCGUGGCUUCAGUCUGUUUUAAACCUCAGGCAGAAAAGCAGCGCUGAACAGGAUAGACCCGCUGCCGGACUUCCAGGGUCCGGUUCCGAUCCAGAAGGAUUUAUAUGGAGGAGGUUCGGCUCCGCUUCCCGCCCUCCACAGGACAAAACAGCCGCUGAGCAAUUCCUCCGGCUGCCGGUUCGGAUCCCUGAGGACCAAACGGAACCAGCAGCAGCUUUUCCAGCAGGAGAUUCAGAGCCGUACUCUCCUCCUCCAGGUUGCCAUGGUGAACAGCAGGGUGGAGGCAGUGCUGGGCGGCAGCGGGGCGGCGGCCGCCCGGGCGUGCGCGGGCUGCGGCGGGCGCAUCGCCGACCGCUUCCUGCUCUUCUCCAUGGAGCGCUACUGGCACACCCGCUGCCUGAAAUGCUCCUGCUGCCACGCCCAGCUGGGCGAGUUCAGCAGCAUCUGCUACAGCAAGGGGGGCAUGAUCCUCUGCAAGAACGACUACAUCAGGCUCUUCGGCCACAGCGGCGCCUGCAGCGCCUGCGGACAGUCCAUCCCGGCCAGUGAGCUGGUGAUGCGGGCUCAGAGCAGCGUCUACCACCUGAAGUGUUUCAGCUGCGCCACCUGCAGGAACCGGCUGGUGCCCGGCGACCGCUUCCACUAUGUCAACGGGACGAUCUUCUGCGAACAGGACCGGCCCGGCGCCGCCCUGGUGGCGCUGCAGGGCGGCAGCAUCAUGGCCGAUCAGAAGGUUUGCUGAGGAAGACGAUGGAGCCAGACGUGCCUUCUUCUUCUUCUUCUUCUUCUUCCCCGUCUGCUGCCGUCCUUCAUCAUCAUCUUCCUCCCCCUGAACGCACCCAGUGAACCCGACAGCCGGUCCGGUCCGGUCCGGUCAGCAGUGGACGCUCUUCUUCUUGUAAAUAAAGUUUGUUUGGGACACAACAGGAAGUCCUCCGAGGUUUACCAGGAAAUGAUGAAAACUUGAGGUUUGAACUUUGACUAGACCGCUGCAGCUCCAAAUGAUGGUCUCUGAUUGGACACAUCCUGGACCAGUCAGAGGCUGGAAGACUGGAGUCAAGCCCGCAUCAUGAUACUUCCUCCGCCGCCUGUGUGAGCGCCUGGCCGACGUCUCGCCGCCGCAGGACCAACUUCCUGUUUCUCUGGUUUCAGUUUUUAUGCAAAUUUGUCAAAAAUCUCCAUUAAAAACAAAAAAUCCUGAAAAUAAAACGAUUUUUACUGAAUUA